AUGAAGAAAUCUGUUCUGAUGCACAUACUAAAUUCAAAUAAUGAAAAUCUCAAAGAUAUUAGUCGAUAACUAUUGAAUAUUGGUAUUCGAAAAGUAUUCUAUGAAUUAUCCAGACCUUUUGAAUAAGUAUUGUUCCCGGAAUAUAUGAUCAAAUUACUUAGCGUCUUUCAUUAUAUGAUUCAAGAAAAAACCUUAUAGAAGGACGAAUUUGUCGAUAACCAUAUUUUCAGCAUUACAAAUUCUUAGGAAGGCAACGCCAUUAUGGAGAGACUAUAAACAGAUUUAAAUUUGACUGCCUCAAGAAGUGUAAAUUUGGCUCCCAGUUGGGAUGGCACACCCAAAUCCUACAUCCACAAUAAUUACUUCAAGGCAAGUCCCGAAUAGAAGAAGAGUGCCACAGACAAAAAGAUUGAGUUUAAGCAAUUGAGAGACCCCCUCAACUAUUAAUAGAUAUUGCAACUCUAUUACACCUAUUUGAAAAAAGUGUGUAUGCAAUAGAACAGCGGAGUCCCCAUCAUAGAUUGCUUUGUCAUUCAGAACAUUCAGUGCAUGGGAUUACGAAUUAUAGAGGGAUAGAGGAAUUAAAAACUUGCCUUUUGCUUUAACCUAAUCAUCAGGGAUAUGAUAUCAUAUCAGUCUUAAAUAAUAGAGCUGGUGAGCAAUUCAAUGAACAACGUCGAGAAGACAUAAAUUCACGAGGUCUACAUACAGAUGUAUCUCAACAGUAAGUAGUUGAAGUACUAUGGGAAGUAAAAUAGAGUAAAGAUAGACUAAUCUCAAUUCAAGGAGUUUAAGAACAACCAGAACAUUCACAGAUUAAAACUCAAGCUGUGUGAAUCUAGGGAGAGGAUGGAGUAGAAGGACUUGAAGGAUGAGCAAAACUUCUUUAAUUAUGAAAGGACUCAACUAUACAAUUAAUUUUGA